AUGGAUCCUUCCCUCUUGUGCAAAGCUUUCUUCGUCCUCGGCUCUGCCGUCAAUAUAGGAGGGACCCUGAUACCUUCCUUCAGAGAGCAGAUCAUGAACUACGGGUCUCGAGGCACGCCUUCAACCACAUCGCCACAAAAACAGGAGAAGCAACCAUUGAACUUUUUCGAAUACAUUUCUUCAAUCCAAGUGCCGCAUACAUGGUUUACUCAUUACUACAUGGUAUCAGUGUUAUCAUCAAUAUUCUGGGGUUAUCAGAUCUACAAUCAUGGGCCGGCAAUCGAGGUUCUGGCUGCGUAUACUACUCGGAAGGAUGGCACGAUGACUGUCAAUCAGGUCUUCCUAGCAUGGACUUUGAUGGCUAUUCAAGGAUCGAGGAGAUUGUAUGAGUCUAUCACUCUAACGAAGCCUUCUCAGUCAAAGAUGUGGGUUGGGCUGUGGUUGAUAGGAAUGGCAUAUUACGCAAUAAUGGGAAUUUCUGUCUGGAUUGAAGGUUCUGCUGUCCUUGAUCAUGAUGGACGUUGGGGAUCAUUGCUUCAAUUUGGAAAUCCUUCGGCCAAAACGCUAACAGCUGUUCCGCUGUUCCUGCUCGCUUCCCUCGCCCAACAUGAUUGCCAUGUGUACCUUGCCAGUCUCAAGAAGUUGUGUGCCCUCAUUAUGCCUGCGAGUGUCUGA